AUGGCAACUGAACAUCGAAAGGGUUACCGAUGUGACCUCAUACUGGAACCCUCUCAGUACUCCACAGUUCCACCACCAACGGAGGAGGGGAAGGCAAAGGUAUCAGUGAAACUUCAGCCAGAGGUUUUUAACCCAUUCAUCCUGUCUCCUCUGCCAGAACAGACGAUCCGUGAUGUUCUUGUUGACUGGGUGAGAAACAAACCGCUCCUUUCACCCACUGCAGCCAGAGGAAUGGUCAUCACUGGCAUAACCCAUGAGGUUGCAUACUGUUACAGACUGGAAACAUUUACAGAGCACAGGUCUGUGUGCUUAAGAUUUGAACCGCAAUGCAAAACUUCCAAAGCACCAGUGUCUCCAAAACCAGCAGGGGAAGUACAGGAGCCACAACCCUGGAAGGUGUCUGUGACCCCGGCCAAGAUGUUCCACAACCAGGUGUUAAAUUACAGGCUGAAUCACACAGACCAAGUGACCGGGUGCUCUUACUGUCAGGAGCAUAAGUGGGUUAUGUGCAAGGCCUGCUGUGCCUCUACUAGGGUGCGCUGCCCUGUGUGCCAUGGGCGAGGCAGGGGCACCAAAAAGCCCUGCAGGGAGUGCAAGGGUGAGAAGAUGGUGCCCUGCAUGUCCUGCAUGUCCCUGGGCCGGGUUUGCUGUGAGAUGUGCGUGGGAAAUGGUCAGCUGUGCUACUUCAAAGAGCUGCGGGUGGACUACCGCUGUCAUCUCGACAGGUACCUGCUAGGUGUCCCAGGCGGUAUCCCAGAGGAUAGGAUUUCCCAUGCCAUAGGGGAGAUCCUCCACAAUGGCUUGGGCCAAAAGGUGUGUCCCAUUAGCACCUUCUCUGUGGAAGAGGUCAACGCAGCCUCACAAAGGAUGGUGCGGUCGUCCCACUCCAGCUGGCCCCAGUGCCGCAUCAUUCAACAGAGACAUCUGCUGAGGGCAGUGCCAGUGACUCGAGUCCAGUAUCGCUGGAGGGAUACUUCUGGGAGUGUGUUUAUUUUUGGAGUAGACCACUCCAUCUACUGGCCAGACUACCCAGAGAGGAGGAUCCGUCUCUGUUGCCCCUGGUUAUAG